CCACAAAUGAUGCACAAGUGCCGCCAGAGCCAGACACUUGCGACAAACAAAGUGCCAAAUGGUCCUUAGUGCCAAAGUUAAAAAGUCUCUCGUACAGCAAGCGUCAGCAAACACUACAGACAAAAUGACACUAGUAAAAUGACACUGGAUAGUGAAUCUAGGACUAGAUUUACAUUGUUUUGUCUGUGGUAAAAUGUUUGACAGCGUCAAGAAAAAAGCUUCCGCAGGUGUUAAAAAUCUGUAUUUUAUCUGAAAUUAAAGUUAAAAUUGUUGUAUGGAUAUAGUUUUAACAAUUCUAUUAAAAAUAUACUAUUUCCCAGUGGUUGAUAAAGGCAUAUUUUCAUUCUGGAUUCCCAAAAGAGGACUUAUUUAGACAUCUACAAGAUGGAUUUGGCGGAGACGAUGAAGAAUGUGCUCGCGAAGAGUUCGGGGAGCGGGAGUGGAGCGGCGAGCAGCUCGAGCGCAUCGGGCCCGCAUGGUGCGGAAGGCUACGUGACAGAGAAGCUGUACAUGUUGCUGCAGCUGUACCUGCAGAACAAGGGCUGGAGCCCCAGCAUAGAGCUGCUGCAGUGCUUCAGUGACCUCAAAGAAUCAUCCAUGCUUCCUAGUGCUGCUUAUUUACAAAUGAUGGCAUCAAGAGUGGGGUUAGAUGCACAAGGCAGACUAAUAUAUCGUGAAAAUGGAAAAAUAAUUCUGCCAUAUGAACACUUUGCCAAUGCUGUGAUGCUGAAACACAUGAAUGGCCCUCAUGGACUGCAUCUUGGUUUGGAAGCUACUGUCAGAGCAGUUGUGGAGUCAUAUACCAUAGGCCGCGAUCAAUUUGGAAUGGAGAAAGAGUUUAUAGUGGAAGUAGUUCAAAACUGCCCAAAUCCAGCUUGUCGGUACUACAAGAAUCAACUAGAGAUGACACAGAAGUCCAUCCAGCAGCACUUGUCCCAACAACCCACAUAUAUUCCAGGCAGUGGCGCCCUGCCGGACAGCGCGGCGGUGGAGCGGCUGCUGCGCGGCGCCGCGCUGCCGCAGGACUACCAGCUGCCCCUCGCGCCACACCUCGCUGCCCUCACAAAUCUAGCGGGCGAGAAGUCGGAGCGGCGCGCGGAGAAGCUGUCGCAGCAGAUGCUGCUGGGCGCGCGCGCGCACCCGCCCGCCGACAAGUACGCGCACGCGCCGCGCCACGAGGCCAAGCCCAAGCACCACUACACUGACGAGCACAAGCUCACAGACUUUCUGAGAGCAAACUUGGAGAGUCUGGAGUCCCUGUCGGGCGGCGGCGCGAGCAGCGGGCACGCGGAGCGCGCGGGCAGCGGCGCGAGCGGUGGCGCGGGCGCGGGCGGCAGCGCGGGCGGCGGCCAGGAGCGCGUGGUGCGCGCCUUCGCGGAGUUGGCGCGCAACCUGCAGCGCAUGCGGCCCUGCGUGCGCCCCGCCAUGUGCAAGCCCUACGGCAAGCAGAGCGAACAGCUGCAGAAGAUUCUGUUGGACACAAUCCAGUUAGUGCAAUCGCUCCGGAGCUACCUGCCUCCUCCGCACAUUCAGGUCACGUCGUGGAAGAAUGACGACAAACUACGUUCGAAUAACAUGGAAGAGCUGGAGAGUCGCAAAAUUGUUAGCGGUAACUAGCCUUACAAUACACAUGCGUACAUAUUCAUAUGUAUAAUUGUACACACAUACAGUAUGUGUCAUUUAAUUAGGGUUAUUUUAACCCAACGUAUCCUAAACAAAAUAUGCUUAUUUAGAAGUCUUCUUUCAUUUUUACGAAGUUGCUUUAAAAAGGAUCUUAUUAUUUCAUUUUACACGGUUUCGAAUAUUAGGUAUCGAAUCUCUAUGAAAUACAUAAAUCUAUAACAAAAGAAGAAAUCAAAAAACGUAUGAAUACAAUAAAUAUAACUUUUAUCAGUGCAAUAAUUUUCGAUUCCACUAUUUAGUAGACUACCUGGAGAUUCAUGAUGAAAAUUAUGUGUAUUUGUUAUUUAAACAAUAAAAUUAUUUUAUAAUUACAAGAAAACACGCAGGCAGUGUACAUUCAAACAUUUUCCAAAUCAUGAUAUCUUAGUUUUCAUAAUUUAAUAUUAUAUUAUGGUAAUACAUUUUCAGCACAAAAAUUAAUAUUAUACAUAAUAGUUAUAGUUAAGUAUUUUAUUAUUGUUCAUAUUAUUUACUUUAUUCUUGUUGGUGUUUAAUGAUGAAACUAUUCAUCUUGUCUUUUUUCACUUUUUUAAUGUUACGUACGUUUUGUAACUAUACUUUAUUGCUUUUGAUGUUAUAAAAAUAUUAUUGUAAGUUUAAUUUUUAUAGCUCAGUAACGUCUUAAGCGAGUCAGCUGAGUAACUCUUUAAUUUUAUAGCUCAUAUUACAUGGCGUAUAAAGUUCUAUGAAUGUGGAGAUGCGCUUAGAUGGUUUUAAGAACUUUUUUACAUACACAUAAGAUUUUUUUUCUAAAGGCAAUGACUUUUUCUUAAAUCCAAAGAGAACCUGACGUCAUUAUAAUUCAAUUACAUAGAUUGUAGGCUUUAAUUUUAAACGUAUAAUUUACUGGCUGAUUCGCCUGCACGGGCUUCCUUAUGUAUAAGAAUGUAUGAUAUAGGAUGGGAUACGCUCUGUGGCUCUACCUUUUGGUCGGAGACUAGAUACUGUUUUGAAGAUAGAUCUUUAAAACAGAAACAGUGGAUCGACUUUGUUCUGUGAAGUGAUGAUUUGGCUCGAGACGUUACUGGCUCGUAUAAUAUUUACAAUUAUUUGUAAUGUUUUUACAAUUCGUCCUAGUUACGCUAUGUUUAAUCCUGGUUUACUGUUGUAAGUGCAUUAUUUACACUGUGAUAGAGGUGUAAUAGCGGUAGGUUUGAGCGGAGUCUUGACAUGGAUCUUGUAUAAGAAAAGUAUUAUGUAAGUUAAGGAUUUCGAGUGCGAGUUUAUAUCGGAGGUAUGUAAGUAGAUUCUAAAAGUAAAAUAUAAAUAUUAAAUUAUUUUUUAAAGUUAAGCCCAGUUAUUACAGUAAAAAUGAUUUAGCUAUUCGAAAUUAAAAUAAAUGAUGCUAAUAUCGGCUACUUAAAACCUACAUUGGUUCCUUAUAUUUUCGAUUCUUCACUACUUACUGCAGAAUUGGUCGACUAAUUUAUUAUAUUUUAUUGCAAAAAUGGAUUUAAAAUUAGAGUUUGGUAUAAUAAAAAAAAAGCAAUCGCCAUGUCUUGUCUUGUAAAGUGAUAGAGAGGUAUCGUAUUGAAGACUGCAAGUUUUUCACAUUGUCUAGACUGUAGAUGCGUGUAUAAAAUAAGGUUUGAUAAAUAAAUAAUCGUAGGAACGUAAACUCUGUGGAGUAAGCGCUUGUCGAAGUUGAUGAUUUUUGUUUAAAAUUUUAUCUCCUAACUAAUAAUCGUGGUGUAAGUUUUACAACUACAGACUAUAAUUAGCUACAGGCAUAACGCUUAACUGUGUAGGUUCCUGCGGUAGUGGAGCGGUGCGGGAGGGGUGUGGUGACGUGACGCGAGAGCUCAGUGAUUCGUCGACUUGUGACAACUCAUGCUCCCACACUGCCCUGCUAACGCAGGAGCUUCUGAGUUAUGCGCUACUAUUAUACCUACAAUUUUAUAAUUUUAUGAGGUAAAGCCUGGAGUCGUAUUGAGGCGCGCCGAAUCGAGCUGAAACGCGUUGAUUGUUUGUAUUACGAUAAACAAUGCGGGUUGGUGCGGCGCGUCGCUGAUCGGUUGCAAUUCUAUAGUAACAGGUGGCAAAUCAUUGCGGCUCGGUGAGUCAAGUGGAUGCGCCAGUCUUUAAAACUGUGUGAAUGAAUUUUUAAACUUUUUCUUAGCUAAAAAUCUGUCAAAAUUAUGAAUUUAUACCAUGUUUAUCGGUAAGGUGUUAGGAUAAGCCCACACUGCGAAAUUCCACCGCGCGUUUUUUCUGCAGAUCUGUGACGUUAUUGAAAUUUUAAUGCAAAACAAGUAGUGCAAUUUGAAGUUGCAAUAUGGCGGUUUGCGCAGGUCAUAGACUAAGGAUUAAAUCCAUAAACCCGACAGAUCUGUUUUGUACAAUGCGCAGUGAUACGACUUGUGUUUUUAAUGAACCCACUUAAUUUCCAUGUCACAAGAGUUUCUGGUGAAAUUUCGCUGUGCGGAUUUAUUCUUAGUUAUUUUGAUAAAGUUGAAUACUUUUUAUUUAUUUUAGAAUUCAAAAGUUUUGUACUAGAUGGCAUCUGUUUUACUUUUACACAUUUACAUGUGAAUUUUUCAUUAUGUUGAGCUUUAAAAUUUUACAAUUCGAUCUUUUUCUUUGACGUAAUAUUUAUGAAUUUAGAUUUUGAAUUGCUUUUACAGUAUGAUAGUAAUAUAGGUACUAACAUCACAUAUAAAAUCGGCUUCAUAAGUUUAUUAGUGCAAUAAUAAGGCAAAGCCUACAUUUUUUAUACAUUAGCACUUGAAUAUUCUAAAUUGUAAAGCGUAACAUAUAAAUACAUAAUAUUAUAUAUUAUUUAGGUUUAUGAGGUUGUACUUGAGUAAGAAAUAUUCAUCUCUUUAAUGAAUUCUUGUACUAUUUAGGCAUCACAAUUUGUUAACUUUAUAUGUUUACCUACACAACUUUUUGCAUUUUUUUACCUACUUAUUAACAAAAAGAAAAUCACACAUACGUUGAAAACAUAUACUAAACUUGUCAAAAGGUAUUUUGUGGAUAGAAAUCAGAAAUGUUUAGUCUAGGAAAGUGCAUUUCGUAUGCGCUUGACGCACAGUUACACCGGAAUUGAUGGUCAAGAUAGAAAGAAGCCCCUUCUUUCCAUCUUGACUAUGAAUUCCAGUGUAAGUUUGAGAGGCGCUUACAUAACAUCUGAUUCAUCGCUGCCUCAUCCAAAUACGCAAUGAGGCUAUUUCAUAUUCUUCUAAAACUUUUACAAAAACAUCUAGUAUUAAGUUUUUACAAUCAUGAACAUUGUCCUCGAAGUAUUAUAACGACCGUAUGAAUCUCUCUCUGUAUUAGAAUUAAGCUUUCUAGUCAAAAAUUGAUAUCAUAUUUCUUAAAAUUGGUCCUAUUGGCGGAAUUGACUAUUGGAAUUUAGUUUUUUAAAAAUUGAUAAAAGAUAUGCAGCGAACAUAUCAUGUUUGUGAGCAAGAGCCACUGUUUGGGGAAAAUUUAAAAUAUUUGAUCUCACUUCCGUAUAAUUGAUGUGUUGGAUGAAAAAACUGAAUUAAAGUAGGUAUAUGAUUAUAUUUCAAUCAAUAGACACACAUUCAGUAUGCAUUUUAAUAGAAAUAUACAUACUUACAUACUGUAUGCUCAGAUUUCUGAAAAAUUAAUAGAAUAAACAGAUAUAUUAUAUACCAAUCUUUUGGAAUAAGCUAAAAUUAAAAUAUCUGUGACAGCCGUUUUGUUUUUAGGUAUCCCUCAUGUGUAAAAAAAAACAAAAAUACUUAAUGCAAAUGUAUAUAAAUAAUAAAUUAUUAUUGUAUGGAAGUGACUGAAAAGCUUAUCUAUUAGAUAUUUUUAUUAUUUUUAGUAAGCACUUUAUAAUAAUUUGUAUACGAUAAUUUAUAUAGUAUGCUCAUUAGAGCUAUGCAAAGGAAUUAUGUUUUACCGUUUUCGCACAUAGCAGUUUUCCUUUUUAUACAAUAUCUGUCCUUCAUAUUUUAAAAUGUUGCAAUCAAGAGUCUGUGAUAAAGUUCUGUCAUAACCUCAACUAAAGAGUUUCUUGUUUGGUUAAAUAGAUGUUUUAAGUCCAUACACGAAGGUAUAGGUAAAAGUGGAGUUCGCAAUACUUACUUAUCGCUAUCCCACUUAGAGCGAAAGGUCGGACGUCAUGGACCUUGCACCAAUUUGGUAACUUAGUAGUAGGCAUGAAGAGCGAUUGAUCCAUAUUUAUCUAUACAUUCGUGUAAAUUAACUAAGUAGGUAACCUUUAUUUUGAAGUGGUGUAAGUUUGGCCUUGCCAUUAACUUUUUGUUUGCUGAUAUUGUUAUCAUCUGUAAAAAAUAUCGUGGAGCCAGAAAUGCAUUAGAAAUUAGAAUAAAUAAAGUGAUGCAAC